UACCUGUUCUCUUUCCAGCAUGACCCACUGCUCAUAUAGUCUAUCCCUCCAUCAAAUUUCGUACUGUUCCCCAUAUAACUCUGUCGCUUGGGCCUGUGUUCGAAGAGUAUAUCAUUCCGUCCCAGUCACCGAGCAUAUGCCCCCUCAGCCUAUCCAAGAUCUACUCCAAAUGUUGCGCUCUCAGACCUUCUUUGACCUAUCUUUCAAGGGAUUGCCAAUUCAUUGCCGCAGAGCUGGAUCUAGA